UUCUGAUCUGGUCUGAGAUCAGCAGCAAUAACAGAAAAUAAGAAGAACCCUGAAGCCCGUGGAGGGAGGGUCCGGCCGCAACAGCAGCCGCCUACAGCUUGCAAUGGUGCAUAUCUUCUGAGAAGAACAGACACCACCACCACCACCUCCUGCAUCUUUUUUUUAAAUUUCCAUUUAUACUAGUGUUGUUGAUUUCAAUUAAAACUACCUCACAGACUGCCUAAAGCUGGUGCUUUGCGAUAUUUAACACAAUUUGUGGGUUUCUUGCGGUGUUGUUUACAAAAUAUUUGCUGACAUUAAAGGCAAGGCCUUUGCACUGAAGCCAAGUGAAGAACCUCAUGAUUGCACUAUACAUAACUCAGCUCAGCUAAGCGUUCGCUAGGAAGGAAGGCGCUCCUGCCUGUCGCAAGGACUCGUCCGCCCAGACGGGAUUCCCAAGCACCACUCUCCCACCCGGCACCCACCAGCAGCCCCCAUCUCUGUGCUCUGAGGCGGGCACUUGGCUUUUGCUUCUCUUCCCAUCAAAGCUCACCUUGGAAACCAUUCCCCAGCCAUGUUCCAGCGCCUCACCAGCCUCUUCUUCAGUGACAGCAGUGCACCCGAGGGCCCGGAGGAACCCAAACCCUUUGUCUCCGAGGAGGAGGAAGAGGAUGGAUGGCUCAUUAUUGACCUUCCAGCUAGUUACACGUCAGCCUUGGGCGAAGAGCCGCGGGUAGAAGGCCCCAGCCCUGACAGGGUGGAGAGCAACCCCAUGGAGGACCUCUUGAUCGAACACCCCAGCAUGUCUGUCUACGUCACCAGCAACAGCAUUGUGGUGGAAAGGGAGAGCCCUGAUGAGGCCGUCAGCGAAGGGGACGUGCCUGAGCCCCGGCUGGAGCGCCACGCCCCGCACCACCCCACCUCCCUCACCGCGAAAGCCGCCAUCUUGGAGAAGGUCAGCCAGGCGCGUCGGAUCCAGCGGGCAAAGCAGCUGGUGGAGAAGCACAAGCUCAGUCAGAAAGUCAUGCAGCGGCAGAAUCGUGCUAGAGAGCGCCACCCGCGGCGGGCCAAACAGCAGGGCAGCUUUGUCUACCAGCCAUGCCAGCGCCAGUACAACUACUAAACUCCUUCAGGAAUUCUGCACCGCGGGGCAUUACCCUGUGAACUCUCCAGCUUCACGUCCCGUCUCGCAAUGCUUUCUCCAGCGGACGCGUCUUCAUCCUUUCUCUGGAAUAACCCAAUCCCCACGAGAGACGCGUCGCCGGUUCUUCUGAACUAGCGAUGCUCCACAGUGGGUCCUUGCUGGGCUCUCCUUUGGAUUCACUCCCCUUUUUACACUAGCGCCCACAUUUACGCACCGAUUAUUUUCUUCCUUCCCCCUUCAAUAUCUCGCCUUCCCCUCCCCCGAUGACUGCGGCUUUCACUCUGGAGCUGAGGAGGAGAGAAAGCAGCACAUCACCCUCACGUCCCUAGCAAGCCAGGGGGCAGCUUUUAAAUGGCAAGAAAUGAUUUCAAAGAAUCAGUGCUGAAGUGUCCGGAAAAACUUGUGUCCAGUCAGCCACCCUGGGAAAAUGAUUUCUGAGGGGAGGUAUUUUCCCAGCUCCCUGCCUCCCACCCUGAUACUUGAGUAAGUUCUUCCAGCUGCUCUUGCAGUGGUUCCCAAUAUUUGAAUUUUGAGUGUGGUAUUCCCAAUGAAUGGUCUUCUUUUCCCUAAGCUUAACACCAACGUCACAUGGCAUCUAUGGGUGUGGAAAGAUGCCCCUUGAUACCUUGCCGUUCUAUUAGGGAGCCUGUGACAUCAGUGCCUUUCUUUAUGACAUCACACUCUUCUCUGUGGAACAGAUUGUGAUGUCACAAAUGGAGAUACCAGGUUCAAGUGCAAACUGAAACAAAGUAACAACAUUGGUCCAAAUUCAAGGAAAAUGUAACAAUGUAUGGGGAAUAAGGACCUCCUCCCCCCCACCCCCUUUAAAAAUUGGGUUGUAUAUUAGAUCCUCUUUGAGUUAACCGGGGAGCUGGGAUUGGGCUGUCAUUGCUGAUCCUUAACUGCAUGCUCUAAUUCUCUAGCUGUCUGUUCAGUGGUGCCAUGCUGGAGUAGAGGGAGCUCUGCUUGAGCAUCUGCCUAGCCAGAAGUGAUGGCUCUGUGUGGGAAAGGGGUGUCACAUGAGGUCACCCCCCACCCCGUGAUUACUUGGUCACAUGGUGUGGCUGGGUCAAGUCUCCGUGGAGCUGAGUCUGCAAGCUUAUGCUGGGCAGGGGGAGGCAGAGGCAGGCGUAGAGACCAGCUGGGCACUUCAAGAAGAGGCUGCUGCUCUCUGGAGGAUGAUGGUUGGGGGUACUAUGACUCGAGUGGUUCUGGGCUUGUGGCCCUACUGCCAGCAGACAGGAUCGUCCAUAUUCCUACCAAAUACCUAAGACCCGACGUGUUGAGCCCCCACAACUCCCACUGAAAUACGUGGGAGCUGCAGCUGCUCAGCGCGUCUGGAAACCCUUCCUGCCCCACAGCCUUCCCAAAGGAGCACAAGGGCCACUGCAUUCCUCUGGUGCUUUCAGGAGCAGGGAGCUCUUGCGCGGUUAUUGCCGGGGAGCCGGCGCUAGAGAGACAGGAACAAAUCCUCUCAUGAAACGGUCAGGAACAUUCACCAGCUUAGGCAGACACAGCCACCUUCACCCCACCCUGUGACUUGCUUUUUUCUCCGAUGCCCUUGAAAGACUCAUCCGUCCCACAGGCUGGGCUGAAGUUGUGGGGUGUUUAUUGCGAUUGGCUGUAACCCUGUAAUAGAUCUUCGGAGCCAAUGGUUUACCAACGAAGGAGGGGCCUACCUGCUAGUCCAGGUUGUCAUGUCCUCGGUCCAGCCAAGUCACUGCGUUUCUGAAAAAGGCUCUCUCUGGUCUCCACUGGGUUAGGGGCUGUAGGGCCGCCAGUGAUCCGCACGUUUCCAGACCGGACUUGCUAGUUUUUUCUUUUUACUUUAAGUCAAAUGUUGACCCUUGGAAAACAAACUAGCAAAGCAGCACUGUGUAAAUCCCAGCCCUUUCUGGGGAGCGGUGAGAGGCGCCACUCCCAGCUGCCAGGACAGCCUCACCCCCAGGGGAGAGCUAGGCAAGGCAGCAUCCCCAGGACAGCAGCAGGGACACCACACCAAGACAUGCAUGGAAAUGUCUUCUGAGGAAAGCCCCGCUUUCUUCGGGGCCCACCCACUAGCCACGCCUGGACUGACAUUGCUGACAGAGGAGGACUGUGCAGAACUGCCUGUACGCUGCGCUCCGACUGGCCGGAGGAUUCACCCAAAUGAGACAUGAGGCGCUAAUGAAUCCCAAGGGAUCCCACUGUCGCCUCAGUGCCCCCAUAGGGAGAAACCUCUUCCUCCACCCUCCAUAGGGAGAAACCUCUUCAGAUGAUACGUCUUCAGCAAAGUCCUACAGCUAGUGGUAGGACUAACUCCCGUGCUCAGUCAGUCCGUGUGGUUCGCCACCGUGCCCAGUGUUAGGGAGAACAGCACGGAAAGGGGCUUCUGCAGCAGUCACAAAGGUGGCAAAGUACGUUGGAGCUGGUAGCGAAAGUUUGUGAAACGAGAGGAAGCAGGAGAGACUGGGAAGGAAAGAAAGGCAAGAGGAGCGAGGACAAGAAAUGAGGAGGAAGCCUGGAGCAGCUGAGAAGGUGCAAGCCACGGCCAAGAACUGGGUCCUGCAGGUCUGUCUACUUGGAUGGAAAAAGAUACAAGUCCCCCAACAAGAGGUACAUAAGGCAGCACCUGGAUUCCAGUGUAAAAGGCAGAGCUAAUGCUGGCUAGUUUGAUAGUCCCUACAGGAUUACAGUGAGAAAUAAAAUACCAGGAGUUGUUAACUGUGCGAAAGAUUGACCUGAAUAACCAUAUUCGUCCCUGGUGGGUUUAAUGCUGCUGUGCCAGAGCUGGGCUUAGCCGUACGUGGCCACAGCCGAGAUAAAGGAGCCACAUGUGAAUGAUCCACGAGAUCAGUAAAACUGCAAAGCUUUAUGAAAAUCACUUUCUGCCAUUAAUGCGCCUUGUUUUACGGCUUGCCCUCCAUUCCCCAUGGGGGAAUGAAACUCCACGGCCCACGUCCUGGUGGCAGG